AUGCGAAGGGCAAUGUUGGCAUUGCAUAUUACAGGCAUUUUUUAUCAAAAUUCAUAUGUAAUCCUUGGAUACAUAACCCAAAACUCGACCCUGUUGACGUAUGGAAUGGAACAUUUUUAUAGAAGAAAAAUGUACGUUUUGAUGCCCACUUCCAUAAAUGCAAGUAGCUUAGGCGACAUAUUCGGUCAGUAUGUUGAAUUGUUAGAGUUUAAGAAGGGAGAGAAUAACCAGCAGAAAUUUUAUGGUUUGUACCAAACUAAGUCAAUCAGAUCAAGCCUUUAUCUAUUUGUUUUUUCUAUUGAGUACCAGAUACUAACUGUGUUCCGUUUAGGAAAUAUCCAUAGUCGCAAGGAAAAGGUUUUUAUAUCUUUUGUUCAGGGAUAA